AUAUGUGAGAGAGAGAGAGAGAGAGAGAGAGAGCAGAAUGUAAUGGAAGAAUUUUCACUGUCGUCAUCAAACAGAAACGGGAAGGACGGAUGCCUGGCUGCCCGUCUCCUCGCUUCUCCCCUGACUCUUCCACGUCACUCUUCCAGCCUUCUUUUUGAUGGGAUCUUAACCCACUUGUUUCCUUCCUAUGUAUUAUCCAAAGUACAGUACCUGAUCUAUCCUCGAAAUACAAGAGAACACUAACAGAGAAUAAAAUAAACAGUGUAAGAUACCGGGGAGGAAACGCGACUUGGCUCAGCCCUAUAAGGCACGCCAAGUGCGGAACCCCCUCGGGCCAUGAGCCAAUCAGGGCCGGGCCAUCCCGCGCCUUCCGUG